CAAAUUGUUUCGGGUCGUCGCCGGCGGAGAGACGAUCGCUAAAGGAGGCCUUUAGGGAGAAAAUUCCGGCACCGGAAGUUCAUGGACGUAGAGGUCGACUCCUCAAGCGUUCCAUUGCCGGAAGCUUUUCUCGACUUUCUGAAUCAGAAUGGCUUAGACUCUUCGCUUUACGCCUCUUCGGAUUCAAUACCUCGCUAUGUUAGGUUAAAGCCAGGGAAUGAGGCUGAUGUAGAGGCAAUUGAAGUCGACAUUGGUUGUAAACUUCAAAAAGUGUUCUGGUUGCCGAAUUUCUAUUGUCUCGCACCUCAUGUUAAAAUAGCUAGCUCAAAGGCAUACCAAAAUGGAAUGAUAUAUGGAAUUGAUGCAGCAUCUGGAGCUGCAGUGUUAGCUUUGGACAUCUCAUCAGGAGAUCACGUCCUUGAUCUUUGUGCUGCUCCUGGUGCUAAACUAUGUAUGAUAUUGGAUAGUCUUGGAAGCUCUGGUUCUGUGUCCGGUGUAGAUAUUGCCAAACACCGCCUAGCAGCCUGUAGAAGCAUGCUACUAAAGUAUGGAUUGGGUGAUCGUUGUCGUCUAUUUGUUGCUGAUGGAACCACAUUUUCACUUCUCCCUGUUAAAACCAUACCGGUUUCAGAAUCACAAAAUCAAUUGGAAGUAUACAAGGAGUGGAAAUCCCGGAGGCCAUGGAAGGAAAGGAGAAGGGAGGCUUUAGCAAGGGAAAAGGGAUAUUCAAAUUUUUCUUCACCAACUCAAGAACCAGAGCUUCUAUUUUAUGGGAAAAAAUCUGGGGUAGUUGGGCUAACAAGAAAUACACUGUAUCAAAGGGUGCAUUGUGGUAAUGUGUAUGGAUUUGGCUAUGAUAAGGCAGGUUCUUGUGGAUGCAGAGUGCACCCAUGAUGGUUCGAUCAAACAUAUCCAAAAGUUCGAACAGUGGGGCUGGACAACCCUCCAGCGCCGUGUAUUGGAUGCAGAGAGGACUGAUGACCUGCCCAUCCUUCAGCUUAAACUUUUAACAAAUGGGUUCAAGUUGCUAAAAGUGGGAGGAUUUCUUGUAUACAGCACUUGCAGUUUAACUGAUGCACAAAAUGAAGAUGUAGUGGAUAAAUUCCUUUCUGAGAACUCUUCUGCAGAGUUAGUUGAGAUUGAUGGUGCAAGAAACUGGCCCUGUAAGGAUGGACGGAUACCCAAAACUAUCCGAUUUGAUCCGUUGAUAUCUGGCACAAGUGGUCUGUUUAUUGCAAAGUUCACAAAAGUAGCGCUGUGGUGCGGAGUUCACUGAUUGAUGCUUCCAGCCUUUCAAGAGCUGAUGCAAGUGUAAUGUUGGAUUUCAGCCGAAAGAAAUCUGAGCCUCAAAGCAGCCACACAAUAACCAGAGUUACCCGUGUGACAUAUAAAGCUUAGAUAUGUUUUUAGUCUACUCCCAUAUACAGUGUUUUCUAUUUUAGGUUGUCGCAAGUUAUUUAUUUGGUUUUUUCAUCCUUGGUAAUUUUAUGUUGGUUUUGUUAUUUACUUUGACGAUCCUAAGAAUAUCUGUUGAUAGGGUUGGACCAAUCUGGUUCUAAUCCCCUAACCGGCUGGUCCUUAGGAAUGCUUUAUAGGAACAGGGAUCUAUAAUUCCGGUUCUAGGUCCAGUCAACUGACCUAUUCUACUCCAGUCCUGAAUUAUAACUUUAAAAAACCCCUCUCCACCCUUCUUAUGGACCUCCACUCCUUUUCAUCUACAGUACUUCCUAGUGGACGGAAUGAAGAAAAUCAAAUGGGACCAGACAGGCCGGUUUCCAAUUUCGGCAGCCCGAAGCCAGGAUGGUAAACUCGCCCCCAGUUCUAGGAAAUGUCAGUAUUGUAUCCACCCCUAUCUGUUGUCAAUGAAACCGAGAGGGUCAUAUUUUCAAGUCGUUUUGAUUUAUUUACGGAGAGCCAGUGAGACUCUAGAAUGUGAAUGAUUAGUUUGACUUUAGUGAAAGUGUAUGGUCAUGUAAAACCACAUUUAGGCCUGGUUUGCAACCACUUGUGUUUAAAUAAAACCACUUUUUGGGAAAAAGUGAUUAGUAGUGAAAGUUGAUA